CCUUUGCCGAGCGAACAUCGCUAUUUAAUACAAAUCCAGCCCGGGGCUCUGGGUCCUACUCACGACCAACUGCCAAAGGUAAUUUUCUGUUUCCCGUCGUAACAAGACCAAAGUACCGUCCGGCACUUCAGUUUACACACCUGACGGGAGUAACAAGUCGCAGGGACGGGUUCAAUAUUCUUGACUAUGUGAAAUACUCCAACAGACGAGCUCGGCAUAGAAACUUCUUCAUUCCCGAAACGUGUAACCCAUAGCUACCGCCAUGCGCCUUAAGUCAAGCCCAGCCACGGCAGAUCUGCGUUUCUUCCCGCAGGUCAUAUGAUCCAUCCCACUCUGUGCCGAAGGAUCGCGGAGCCCAACUUAACCGCCGACUCCGAUAACCCGAUGGCCCCCAUUGCCCGCUGGAACGCUUGGCCGCUCGCUAACUCCCACUGCCGCAUACAACCAUCCACCGCCCCGGGGUUACCCCCAUAUAUGCUUCAUUCGCCACACCGAAACCCCCGUCCUCCGGUCCCCCGAGUCAAGCAAUGCCGGAGGCGUCGUCAUCUCCACUCACCUACGCGGAGAGGAACCUCCUGUGUUCUGGCUCCCAACUCCCACCCCCCUAAGCCUCUCUCCCUCUCCGCCUCUCCUGCGGCGCUCCGCGGCCCCGAAAACAAGUCAACGUUCCUGAGCCCCAUUUUCCCGCUCUUCCUUCCCGGUCGGGCGUAUGGAAGCGGGGAGGCUUCCCCGAUGAUUCCCUUCUUAUCCAAAAACGGACAGUAUACUAUUUAUACACACUCUCCAGAGUUCAGGUUGGAAGACUACUUUCAACCCGUGCCUGUCAUAUGUCAAGCACCUGUCAGCCAUACCGAUUUUCUUCUCCCAACUUUCCCUCUGUUCGGCCUCCCACAUGCUUCUGCUUUGCUCCUUCCCAGAGUGGUGUACACCGAAAAGCCCUCAUCUCAACUCCCAACGAGAGUCUAGACCUCGCUUCUACUAGAAUCCUAGGGAACCUCGGCAACAGACACCCGACAGACAGGGCACAACGGUCGAGAGAAGCCUAGAGGGGCAAGAAACACAGAUCGGCCAGAUCUACCGUAACCAAAAAGCUAAGAUGGAACAGCCCCUAAGAAAAAGAAAAGACGGAUCAUGGUUCAGUAAGCCCCAAUACCAGCGGUAAGACCUGCCUUGAGGACACUCUACUGGAAGAGCUUGCGGG